GCAUAUAUAUCGACUAGAUUUUAAUAACAAUAUUAAUUAAUUAGUAUACGUUCAUCCUUCAAAUGUCCGUAAAGACUUUUGAUAGCAUCUUCUAGCUGAAGUUUUCUAUCAAGAAUGGCCGUUUACUGAUACCAGUUUUUAUAAUUAUCGUCCCGUUUUCGCUGCACCUAUCCUGUUUACGCUCAUUCUGCGGCCUACCAACCCAAAUAAUAUUGUCAUGAUUUGUAUGAAUUUUGUGCACAUGUAGUAAUGAGUGGGACGAAGGCCUUCUUCACGAUCACCUCCGAUUUCCUGCGUGACAAGCACCGCGACGAACUCUUCCUGGAAUGGCAGCCCACACAGUCCCACUAUCUGGCGGUGGGUUCGCCCCUGGAGAAGCGCAUCCUGCUGUACGACCGGCCGGCCAAACAGACCCGGGAGUUGUCUCUACCGGCGCCCUGCUCGCAUCUGGCCUGGAGUCGCCACGGACUGUGUCUCAGUCUGGCAUGCAGUCAGGGCGCCAGCACGGCGCUCUAUCUGUGGACGCCGGGCCAGCCCACGCUCAGCAUGGAGAAGGGGGCCGUGGCGGCGGGCGAGGAUCUGGGAAAGGUCACGUGGAUGGGCUGGUCGCCGGUGAUGGAUGUAUUAGCGGUGGCCUAUUCCAGUGGAAUUAUUGUGCUGUUGGAUAAAUCCAGCGAUAAACGUACGGUGGUGCGCGGCGACCACAACGGGGUUAUCAGUGAUGCGGCGUGGAGUGCCGAUGGGAUCCUGGCCAGUUGCAGUUCCGCCGGGCCGGCCUCGGGCGGCGAUGCCGGGCAAAUGUCGCGGAUUGUCUUUAUCGACUGUCACGGCGAGAAAGUGCUGACGCCCCGCGAGUGCCCUUAUGGAAACGUCCACCGACUGCAAUUUGCCUCCAGUAAAUUUGUCCAGACGGGGUUGCGACGGGAAAACACGCUGUGUUGUGUGGCCAACCGGAAGACGCUGGUUUUGUUCAACCUGGAAGACGAAAACCGGUCACUCCAGUAUUCAUUCAAAACGGAUUACGGUGACAUAUCGGAGUACACGUGGUUCGGCGAUGGCUACGUUGUUUUGUGCUUUCAAAAAGGCAUUCUUAUCUGGGUAUCCUCGCAUCCCGACGAACAAGGCAAAGAACUGCAGCACUCCAAUGUCUUUCAAAAUAAAAUCGUCGAUAUGGCCGCUGUGAUGGACGGGUCGCGUUUUGCCAUUUGUUCGCACAGCCACAUCAAAAUAUUCCACAGCGAUGUGAGUAAAUCGCAAAUGUCGGAACUGCCGCUACCGGAUGGAUCGCAUAUGCUAAAACUGAAGUGGACCUCGGACGGUGCUCUGUUGGCCGCCAUUGGUGGGAACGGACAGGGUUUUGUCUUUUUAACCAAAGUGCCGGAUAUUGGAUGUGUUUGGCGAAAUAAAGCCUGCUACAUGGUCUCCUUGGAAGCCUUUAAUAUUGCCAGUAUGCCGACGUUGUCCGAGGUCACCGGCACGGUGUCGUGUAAAUUUGAGCCGGCCAUGGUGGCUCUGGGUCCGCAAAACUUCGCGGCGGUUAUGAAUAAUUUGGUUGUUUACUACAUUGAACCAAAUGCCUCAUUGGAGACACCGGCAUUCGAAAUACUGGGACGAUAUGAGUAUGCCGGCAGCGUGCAAUCCAUUCAGUUGAGCUGGAAUACUGCGGUGCUCUUGCUGACUGAUGGCCGAAUUUUAACGCAUAAACUGCAUCCAGAUCCAACGGUGUUUCUGUCCCACGUGGAGGAAACAAUCACUGCACUGGAUAUUAUUAACAACGUAUCGUGCAUGGCAUUGGCCGAUACGAAUGUUUAUUUCGGAACAUCGACAGGAACAUUGGGCUUCUUGUCUCUAAAUGUGCAAAAGUACGAAGCAGCACUGCAUCACACUUGCGGAAUUAUUCAAAUUUUUCUAAAGGAGGAUGACGCAAUUGUAGCGUAUCUUGAUGUUGCCAACGCCAUUUAUCUCUACAACAUAAUACAAGAAAUCAGUAUAAAGGUGGAAGGAUUCAACGGGAAACCGAAUGGAUUACAUUUUGACUGGAGUGUACAGGAUUUCGCCAUUAAUUUUGUCGUGUACGAUCACACCCAUGCUCAGUGCUUUAUUUCGAUCGCCAAUACGAUAUUCGGUCAUGUGGUUGAAGAAGUCAAAGCGCCGUCAAAAAAUGCCGAUCAAGUGCAGCGAAACGAAUGCAUUAUUGGAUUUAACAGUGGAAAUCUUGUUACCUUGUUGAACGGUGUGCCGCACAUCCGGAAACUCAGUGUUUUUCCGCAGAAUUAUCCAGUAGAAAUGACCACAACGCCUACGAAAGAUGAUGUAGACAAGCUGCGAAAUCUGCACCGGUACCGCGAGGCUGCGCAAAUCUGCAAGAAAGAAGGCUGGAAGGAUCUUCUUCCUUCCAUUGCCGGUGAGUGCCUGCGCAAUCUGGAUUUACCUUUAGCGAUCGCGUUGUAUCGGGAGAGCGGAUGCUAUGAUAAGGUCACCAGCAUUGAGCGCUAUCGUGAUCUGGAGAACAUUCAGCGCCUGUGUGGCUACAUGGCACUGGUGGACAACCAACCCGAAUUGGCCUGCAAGUGGUUUCUGCAGGCACAUGAUCCGCUGACCGUUUUGGAUAUUUAUUCGGAUCUGAUGCAGUGGGAACGGGCCAUCGCUCUGGCGGAAAUGCAUGCCCCCGACAAGGUGGGAUAUGCUUGUCAACAGCAUGCGCAGCAGUUAGAAUUCCUUGGCGAUUACCCUGAAGCAUUGAUCAACUACGAACGCGCAUUGUCACUAGCCAGUGAUGAUGACUUCGAGUUGAAGGUUGCGUGCAAACACGGUCUGGCCAAGGUGUCUUUCAGGAUGAACGAUCUGUCGCGAGGGUUCGCAUUGUGCCAGGAAGUGAAAAAUCCCGCACUGACCGAGGAAUGUGCCGGCAUCGUGGAAGAGGGCAAACAUUAUAAGGAAGCCGGGAGACUGUACAAGGAAUGCGGGAAUUUCUUCAAAACAGCUACAAUGUACUUGAAAGCACGCGAAAUGAAACUGGCGGAAGAGGUCAUCAACCAAACGGAUUCUAUUCCGUUGAAAGUUCAGCUGGCGGCCGCCAAGGAAUCAGCCGGCGACCAUAAGGGCGCUAUAAAACUCUACGAAGCUGCCGGUGAAUAUGACGCCAUGGUAAAAAUCCUUCUGGAAGGGCUCAACCGUACGGAUCUGGCCAUAGAAAUUGUCGACAGGACCAAAUCACAAGAAGGCGCCAAAAUGGUUGCGGCGCAUUUCAUGAAGCUGAAAGAUUUUCCCUCCGCUAUCCGUUACUUACUAAUAUCUAAUCGUGGAGAAGAAGCAUUUCUGACAGCUAGGCAGUUCAAUCAGAUGGACGUAUUUGCCCAGGUCAUCGGAAACGAUCAUCCCGCGCAUCUUUACGAGAAAAUAGCCCGAUAUUACGAGGAUAAGCGGGAUAUCGUCAAUGCCUCGCACUUUUUCAGUCAGGCUCAUAAAUCGCAAAGAGCGGUGGAUUUGUUGCUGAGCGCCGUCAAAAAGAAAGGCCAACCUGCGGCGGAAAAGCAGUUGCUGGAAUUGUUGGUGGCAGCCACGGUGAAAGCCAACGACACCGCCACCACUGAGAAAACAUCGCAGUUCCUCCUCGGCAGCGAAGACGGGAAUCCUCGGGACGAAAAAUAUCUCUUGGAUUUGUACCUGCUUUCAGGGCAGCUACACGAAGCUGACCGCAUUGCGUUACUCGUUGCUGACCACCAUCUGAAGAAUGGAGAUUAUAAGGAGGCUCACAAAACUCUUUUCAGAGCCUACGAUAAAAUCGUACGAACGUCACAUACUCCAUCCGGUCAGCUGGUGGAUUUACUGACACUGGUCCACAGUCACGCUGUCAGCACGGUGAUGUACACUUUAAAACAACACGAAAUCGUGGCACGGAUGUUGAUACGCAUUUGCCGGAAUCUGAACAAAUUCCCAAAAGAUGCCAGUCGUUUUCUCCUGUCCGCCGUGCUGGAAUGUGCCAAAUGCAAUCUCAACAAAACAGCCAUGGAGUUCGCUUUAAUCCUGAUGCAACCGGAAAACCGCAGCAUGAUCACAGAGAAGUACGAAUCGAAAAUCCUCAAUAUCCUUCGUAAAGGUGAUCGUGCCACAGAGGAGGAAGACACGCUGACCGCAUGCCCUUUCGCCAACCACAAAUUUCCUAAAAGCCAACUGGUCUGCCCGUUGUGCAAAAUCCGGGUGCCCUUCUGCAUUCUAACGGGAAUGCAUGUGAUUCGAGUGGACUUCACAUUAUGCCCAUCUUGUGAAAUGCCAGGAAUCUAUUCCGAAAUCGUUACCGCCUUAUCACGGGGUCUACAAUCAUGCCCUUUAUGUUCCACCCCUUGGCAUCCACAAAACAUCCGUCCAUUCGACAACGAAGAAACCGAUGCUUUUUUUAAACGUAUCGAAAUGCUACAGUUUAUUGGAGAAGAAAGAACUUAGAAACGCAUUAAACUACGUGGAAACUGGUUUUAAAUUAGUAAAUAAAAUCUCUGGGAUGCGAGCAAAAUCCAUUCCGUUAUUGCACUUUCUUGCUUGGACGGCUGGCGCCCUUUUUGGCGAACAACUGGCUUUUGGUUUGGUAGAACAUGUAGCGGAGCAUGAAUAUGCAACCAACCGGGAAGAUGAAGAGAUACAAGGCAAUAAAAUGGGCCAC